AUGAUGUUUACCACUAAGAUCGCCACUCUUUCCACCCUUAUCGCCGCUGCCAACGCGUUAACCAUUAACACUCCUGCCUCGUUGAUCGAGUGUCAACCCACUUCCAUCACUUUCUCAGGUGGCUCUUCUUCACCUUACUACCUCUCGAUUCUCCCUGGUGGUCAAGCCAGUGCUUCUGCUCUCGAAAACCUUCCCGACGCGACUUCGUCGCCCGUCACUUGGACCGUUGACAUCGCCUCCGGUACCAACAUCACCAUCAAGAUAACGGAUGGAAGUGGUAACAUUGCAUACUCAUCCCCCGUUGUGAUCCAAGCUGGUUCUUCAUCCAGUUGUCUCGGUACCAACAGCGGUAGUUCCGCCUCCGCCACCGGCUCUACCUCAGCUUCAGCUACCUCAGGCUCUUCCGCCUCUGGUUCAGCUGCUUCCGCUGCUGCCUCUGGAACUGCCUCUUCGACUUCCAGAGCCUCAGGUUCAGCCUCCGGUUCCGCCUCAGCCGCUUCUUCCUCUUCUUCAGCUGCUUCCUCUGCCUACCUUACCAAAGAGAACGCCGGUGCCGCAGCUAUCGUCAUGGGCUUUGUCGCUACUGCUUUGGGAGUCAUCGCUUAA